CAGAAGACAAACCGCUUGGCCGAGGUGGAGCUGCGGCUCAAGGACUCCCUGGCCGAGAGAGCUGAGGAGGAGGAGAGGCUCAGCCGGCGGUUGCGGGACAGCCAGGAGACCAUCGCCAGCCUCAAGUCCCAGCCCCAACAGAUAAAGUACGUCAUCAAGACGGUGGAGGUGGAGUCAGCCAAGGCGAAACAAGCCCUGUGCGAGACCCAGUCCCGAAACCAGUACCUUCAGGAGCAAGUGGGGAUGCAGAGGCAGGUGCUAAAGGAGAUGGAGCAGCAGCUGCAGAGCUCCCAGAAGACAGAAGCUCAGCUCCGAGCUCAGAUCACAAUGUACGAAGCCGAGCUGGAGCGAGCCCAUGGGCAGAUGCUGGAGGAGAUGCAGGCGAUGGAGGAGGAGAAGAACCGCGCCAUCGAAGAGGCGUUUUCCCGUGCCCAAGUGGAGAUGAAGGCGGUGCAUGAGAACCUGGCAGGUGUCCGGACCAACCUGCUGACUCUGCAGCCAGCGCUGCGCACCCUCACCCACGACUACAACAGCCUGAAGCGUCAGGUCCGCGACUUCCCCCUGCUCCUCCAGGAGACCCUGCGCAGCGCCAGGGCCGAGAUCAGCCAGGCCAUUGAGGAGGUGAACAGCACCAACAGGGAGCUGCUGCGCAAGUACCGGCGGGAGCUGCAGCUCCGCAAGAAGUGUCACAACGAGCUGGUGCGGCUGAAAGGAAACAUCCGUGUUUUCGGGCGAGUCCGUCCCAUCACAAAGGAGGAUGGUGAGGGCCCGGAGGCAGCCAACGCAGUGACCUUCGAUGCUGACGAUGACGCUGUCCUGCACCUCCUGCACAAGGGGAAGCAGGUGUCCUUCGAGCUGGAUAAGGUCUUUCCCCCACAAGCAUCCCAGGAGGAGGUAUUUCAGGAGGUUCAAGCCCUGGUCACCUCCUGCAUCGACGGCUACAACGUUUGCAUCUUUGCCUACGGACAGACAGGAGCAGGAAAAACCUACACAAUGGAGGGGACAGCAGCAAACCCAGGGAUCAACCAGCGAGCCCUGCAGCUCCUCUUCUCCGAGGUGCGGGGCAAAGCAGCCGACUGGGACUAUGCCAUCAGUGUCAGUGCCGCCGAGAUCUACAACGAGACACUCAGGGACUUGCUGGGGAAGGAGCCACAGGAGAAGCUGGAGAUCAAGCUGUGCCCUGAUGGCAGUGGACAGCUGUACGUGCCUGGGCUGACUGAAUUCAGGGUGCAGAGCGUGGAGGACAUCAACAAGGUCUUUGAGUUUGGUCAUGUCAACCGAGUGACAGAGUGCACCAACCUGAACGAGCACAGCUCCCGCUCCCACGCUCUCCUCAUCAUCACCGUCCGUGGCCUCGACCGCAGCACCGGGCUCCGCACCACAGGGAAGCUGAACCUGGUGGACCUGGCGGGGUCGGAGCGUGGCUCGGGCGCGGAAGGCAGUCGGCUCCGCGAGGCACAGCACAUCAACAAGUCUCUCUCGGCGCUGGGCGACGUCAUUUACGCCCUGCGCUCCCGGCAGGGCCACGUGCCCUUCCGCAACUCCAAGCUGACCUACCUGCUGCAGGACUCGCUCAGCGGCGACAGCAAGACCCUCAUGAUGGUGCAGGUUUCCCCCGCCGAGAAAAACACCAGCGAGACGCUGUGUUCCCUGAAGUUUGCCGAGAGGGUUCGCUCCGUGGAGCUGGGUCCUGUCUCCCGCAAGGCUGAGCUGGUUUCCUGGCCCAGCCAGGAGCAAUUGGAGGGUGACUCGCCAGGGACCACAGCACCACCUGGACGGGGCCACACGUCCUCCAGCCCGGGGCAGAUCUCCGGUCGUGCUGCCUCCAUCCGCAGGAAGCUCCAGACCUCAGGGAGGCUGAGGCCAGUCCCCCUGUGA